UUAUUAUCUGUUGCCCUAUUUUCAUUUCCGCCGCCCCCAUUCCCACCGCUUCCGCCCUUCACUCUCUGUUUUUGCCUCCAAUUAUUAUCUGCUCCAUGAAUUUGUUCAACACAACUCUCAGAUUGGAGUUUCUAUUAUACUCUUAAAAACCCCUCUCAAUCCAUCCCCAAAAUGGAGCCAGAUUUCUUCAAAAAUCUACCACCAGAAAUCAUCACCGAGAUCCUCUUAAGACUACAUGUUGUAAGCAUUCCAAUAAGCAAAUGUGUUUGCAAGCGAUGGCUCCAUCUGCUGGAUCUGAUGCAUUUGUCAAGUCUCAUUUUGCCAGAUCCGCCCCCGCCCUCGUUGUUGUGGGGAAUUCAAAUCAGUUGAAAGUUUUGGAAUUGGAAGGCGAGCUCAAUCUCCAUCUCGAGAGCUACAAUCCACUCACCCACUAUGAUUUCCCUUACAUCUCCAUCUUUGGAAGAAUAAGGAUUUUUUUUAAUGGUUUUCUUGUUAUAAGGGUGGGUGAUAAGCUUUGGGUAUGUAAUCCGAUCACUCGUGAAGUUAUUAAGCUAGAUGUGCCUUCAGAUCUGCCUACAGAUCCACAGCAAUCUGCUCGAGAAGUAUCUGCUUUGGGAUUUGGGGCAAGCAAGGUAGUCUGUAUUAAACGUAGGUCCUAUCAUGAUAAAUUGGAGUGUCAUGUAUACACCCUUGGAACAGGAUCUUGGCGACGGCUUGAAGGUAACCCGUAUGUGUACCAGUUUGGUCUUUCAGGUGCAUUUGUUAAUGGAAAUCUCCAUUGGAUAGCAACCAUUGGAGAAGAUUCGUCAUGGAUUUCUUGCUUUGAUCUUGAAACAGAAUGUUUUAGCUUCUUUAAAGCUCCUCCUUAUCAUGCUCGAAGAUUUCCCUUCACAAAAGGAACGUCCAUUUCUGCUUUGAGCGGUUGCCUAUGGUUUUGCAAGGUAGCAUCCGAAUUUCUAAAUUCUGGUGGGCGAUGGGAGCUUACUAUAUGGAUUAUGAAGGAAUAUGGAGUGGACGAAUCUUGGAGCAUGGAAUAUGUGAUCCGACUUCAUGAUAGCAUGAGACCUUAUUAUCCCUGCAGGUAUGUUGAUCCCAUCAAAGUUUUCGAAAAUGGAGACCUAUUGAUGUUAGUGGUUGUAAACUUUUCCGAUCACCUUUUCUACUACUCUAACAAGAAUAAAACUAUGCAAAGUAUUGAUUUGUUUGGUGCAGGGGAGACCUCUGACCGUGUCAAGUGAGGGCUUUUCACUCCCACCUUUGUUUCACUCAAAACUUUAGGUUUAGGUGUGGAGAAUGUAACCUCAUUCUGAUUGAUUGCAUUUUCAUAAUGCUGCAUCAACUAAAUGUGUGUUUGAAGAUUGAAUUAGUGAUGAAGCAUAUCAUUUAGAUCAAGGAAAUUAUCUAUAUAUAUUAUGGUUCCUUUUGGUACAUUUCAUAGUGGCAUUGAUGCUGCUCCUACUCCUACUUGUAUAGUUUGAGGGAUUAUUAUCCGUAUUCUAUUUUUUUUAAUGAAUCAUGUGAUGAUGAGAUUGUUGUUUGUU